CAACACAACCUUUGGUCUUUGAGUCAGUGGAAAGGAUGAAGUGCACUGUGGUCUUUCUGGUGUUGUCCCUGGUUGUCCUCAUGGCUGAACCUGGAGAGUGUAUUUGGGGAACACUCAUUCACGCUGGAGGCAAGUUGCUCCACGGACUCUUCCAUGGGAAAAAAGCCAUGGAAGACCAGCAGCUAGAGAAGCAACAGGAGCAGCUGGAAAAACGUUCAGCUGAUUACAACCCAGGACAGCCAGUUCUUAUUUUUGACUAGACUCAAGGACUCUGUCUGAAGAUAUGAUUUGAAUGAAGAGAAAAACCUUUUGCUCUUUUCCAUAAGAAAGAAAAGCGUCAAUCAUAUCAUGCAAUCAGGUCUACAAAUUAUAGCUGCUUUGUGUUUGCCGAUAAAAUCAUUUUUGUUCAUUCAUUUUGGCAAAUUGUAAGACGCUUAAUAAAUUUGCAUAAUGGCAUGCUCAAGCCACUUUCUCUUGUCUUAUUUAAAAAUCUAUUACUAUUAAUCUA